AUGGCUUCUAGGGAACUUUUGUGCCUUCUUUCUGUCUGUUUCUUUGCUUUGGGAAAUGCUAAAUACUGUUUGAAAAGCUCUGAUUGUUCGGCCCUUGAAUUCUGUUGUGCAGAUUACGUCUGCAGAGAACGAUGUCACUGUUCGUACGACCACCAAUGCGGAACCAGCGAGCAAUGCUGUGAUGACAAAUGCAUCAGUAGUUUGUCUUCUUGUUCUUGUUCAUACGACUUCCAAUGUGGUAUUGGAGAGGAAUGUUGUCGGGGAGUGUGUUCGUCAAACUGUGGUUUGAGUAGCGGAACUAUUGCAGGUAUUAUCAUCGGCAAUAUUGUCUUCUUCGCCUUCGUCAUUUUCACUGUAUCCUGCCUCUGCUGUGCUUCCUGCCCGUAUUACCGUUAUCGUGCACCCGGUACUGUAAUCGUCACCCAACAGCCGCAACAACAGCUCGUCCCAACUCAGGCACACACGGUGACGACGCAGCAAGUACAAGCUCCUCUGCUGCAUAACUACAAGCAGACUUCUCCAGCAGGUUACAACCAGCCUCCUUCAGGUUUACACCAAGCACCACCCGCUUAUUCGCCACCUGGUCCGAACCCGGGUCCUUCAGCUGAGAUAAGAGGACAAGCCGUCUCGAUACCGCCUCCCGAACCGGCCAAGUACUAA